CGGACCGUGAGGGAAUAAUAAGGGCCUUUUUAUUCCCUCCCGGUCGCAGCCUCCUGUUGUCUAUCAGAGCAGUACUAGCGCGGAUCGCUUUGUGGAGAAAUAGAGAAGAGCAGGAAGGCAGAGGAAUAGUUCCGCCAGGAAUAGUACAAUAAAGUGAGUGUGGGAGGAGCUGUCAGUGUCUAUAUCUCCUGCUGGCCGGCACUGCUCGCUUCCCCUGGGCAUAACUGCAGCACGCGGUGAGGCGGAGGAACACAGAAUAAAGAUGGUUGUCCUAUCUAAAGAAUACGGGUAUGUGGUCCUGACCGGCGCUGCCAGCUUCGUAAUGGUCACCCACUUAGCCAUUAAUGUGUCCAAGGCUCGCAAACAGUACAACGUAGAGUAUCCCAAAAUGUACAGUGAUGACCCAGAGAAUGGCAAAAUCUUUAACUGCAUUCAGAGGGCACAUCAGAACACCCUGGAAUCCUACCCAUCCUUCCUGUUCUUUUUAGCAGUUGGUGGACUCACUCACCCGCGAGCUACUAGUGCUCUGGGUGUGGCCUGGAUAGUUGGCAGAGAGCUCUAUGCCCAUGGCUAUUCUACUGGUGAGCCAAAAAAGCGCCAGAGAGGUGCCAUCGGUUCUGUUGCCCUCCUUGGUCUGUUUGGUGCUACAGUUUGCUCUGCCUUCAAAAUACUCAACUGGACACUGAACCCAAAGACCUGGUGCUGAUCCAACAAGAAGAUGUGCUCAAGAUGGGACCUUAAUGUUCUUCACUUUAUAAAGCAGAACCAGUCCAGGGGAAUGCCUGCUUUAUUCUCAGCAACCCAGGCCACAAAACUGGCUAAGCAUAAUCCAUCUAUAAUUUAUGAGUGGGGGGGACAUGAUUUCCUAAUUAAAGUAUACUGGAAAAAAAAAA